GCGGAAUAGCUUUAGUUGCAAAACUUAACAAUAAGCGAUAGUGCUAAGCUAUCGGAGCGACUUGUCUUGCCCCCCCCCCUUUUCUCGAUGGAGGUAACCGCCUCUCCUUACCGUGUGUGAGUGGGUGUGUCGAUGCGGCCCAGUGGGACUCGAGCUAGCGGCGGCUGGUAUGCGUUGUGAAAAGAGGGAAAAGUUGAUGAGGAGUUUAGUGUGAAAGCGGCCGCCUCGGUGCUGGCUUACCGAGCAGGGAUGGCAGUUUGGACCCGAGCGGACAAACACGGCGAACUGGACCUUCUACUCCGCGACCGCUGGAUCCGAGUGGCCGCCGAACUCACACGAGAAACGCUGACUUUAACCGCCGAAGCCGAGACCCCCGGGCAGGGGGGUCACCACCGGGACCACGGCGGCUCUCCAGCGGGCCAGAGAAAUGGGAUGUCGAACGGAAACGAACCUGGAGCGAAUCUAGAACAGUUCCAGAACCACGGGGGAAGGGGGCACUGCGGCAGCCCGGGUCGCGUGGGUGUCUACGGUCUAAGCAGCCCGGGGAAGCACCCGAAUAACGGCGCAAACUCUGAUUUUGGAAGUCCCGGAUCCAGCUACGGCAGUCCCGGGUCGAGUUUUGCUUCCAGACAAGUCGAAGCCCCCGCGAGUGCGGACGUCUGCACGGAGGCUGUGCGGAAGGUCCGAGUUGUCAAACAAGAGUCCGGCGGGCUGGGAAUCAGCAUCAAAGGGGGACGUGAGAACCGAAUGCCCAUCCUCAUCUCCAAGAUCUUUCCGGGGCUCUCCGCCGACCAGAGUCGCGCUCUCAGGGUCGGCGACGCCAUCCUGUCGGUGAACGGGAACGACCUCCGGGAGGCGACUCACGACCUGGCGGUGCAGGCGCUCAAGAAGGCCGGAAAAGAGGUGACGCUGGAGGUGAAAUACAUCCGUGAGGUUUCUCCGCUGUUCAAAAAGCCAUCCCUGGUGGCGGACCUUCCGUGGGACGGCGCCCGGCCACAGUCCCCCAGCUACAGCGGCAGCGAAGACUCCGGUUCUCCGAAACACAGCAGUUCCUCCUCCAAAGACAGGAAGGUCAUCAGCCUGAAGAUGUGCUUCAUCAGCAGGAACCUGACCAUGCCAGACCUGGAGAACAGAUUAUUGGAGCUGUAUUCGCCAGACGGUCAGCACACGGUCGUGCUUCGCUGUAAAGAUUGUCCCACGGCCAACUCCUGGUUCACCGCCAUCCACACCAACAUCGCCGCCCUGCUGCCCCAGACCCUGACCCACAUCAACGCCUACCUGGGGGUCUCCGCCCCAAACGCCACACAGCCUCACCUCAAACACAUCGGGUGGCUGGCUGAGCAGGUCCACUUGGAAGGGGGGCGGCAGCAGUACAGGCCGGUGGUCCUGGCGCUCACAGAAAAGGACAUUUUGCUGUUCGAGUCCGUGCCGUGGAAUCGAGAGUCCUGGUCCAUGCCGCUGCUCACGCACCCGCUGCUCGCCACAAGAUUGGUCCAUUCCGGCAGCGCCCGCGGGUCUCCUUCCCAGGGUUCAGACCUGGUGUUUGCCACCCGGACCGGCACGGGGCGGGGCAUCGAAUCUCACAUUUUCCGGGUGGAGACUCACUGGGAUCUGUCGUCAUGGACCAGAGCCCUGGUGCAAGGCGCUCACGCCGCCGCCGAACUCAUCAAAGAAGUCUCCAUCGGCUGCACGCUGAACAGACAAGACGUUCGACUGACGCUGCACUACGAGAAGGGCUUCACGGUGACCAGAGAGUCGGCCGACGCAGCCGGCGGUGCGGCGCUGUUCCGGUACCCGUAUGAAAAACUCAAAAUGUCUGCCGACGACGGAAUACGCAAUCUUUACCUUGACUUUGGAGGCCCUGAGGGAGAAAUGGUGUUUGACCUCCACUCGGGUCCCAAGCCAGUUGUGUUUGUCCUCCACUCUUUCCUCUCGGCCAAGCUCACCCGCAUGGGCCUGCUCACAUGAAGAAGAACGCCGGGAUGUCUUCGCCGAGCACGUUUGACCCCCCCCCCCCCCCCCAAAACCGAGGCAUCCUCUCCAUUGAUUGUUUGCAAAAUGUGCCUUUACUCGGAUGGUCUCCUUUGCUUCCCACGCUUGCUUUAUCGCGACGUUGACGCUCAAAGUUCUCAGGUCAUUUUAAAAAAAAAAAGCUUUCAACAUUCCAUUGGAUGAUCUGGGUACAAAUUGAGGACAGGAAGGAGUAAUUUAGACAAUCAAUAAGCAACGGGAGCCCGAGUUAUGUUCCUUGAAAUCCUACACAGCGUCGGGCGGUUCCAAAUGUUACAAUUACCGUUGUUGCGUGACAAUCGCAGCCUUUACCACCUUCUCUCCCUGUUCAUGGUGAAUUGCAACCACUCCGGUUAGCCCCCCCCCCACACCUUUCCGCUAUGCAGCCAAAAGUGGCGAGUGUUAAAAAUGACAAUGUUACUGACGCCGCUAUUGUGUUACAGUAACGUCAUCGAAUGACGUUUCAGACGUUACAACUAGCGCUGACGUUAACAAUCGUUUACUUCGUCGCUUCAUCGGUUGUUUCCAGUCAUCCGGUAAUGGGUCGGGCUCCAGACCGGGGGUGUCCAAACUUUGUCCGAGGGCCACACGGUGAAAAAGGAAAAGAUGCCAUGAAAUUAUAAACAUAUAAAUAUAUAUCAGGAAAAAACUGCAGUUUUUGCCGGAGGAAAAAAAAGCCUAUUAUUAGUAUCACUCAUAAUAUUACAGGUUUAUUUUUGUAAAAUUAUGACUUUUUUUUCUUAGUGUUUUGGCUUUGUUCUCGGAAAAUAUAUUCUCAUAAUAUUUGGACUUUAUUCCCAACUUUAUUUUGUUUCUCACAAUAUUACAUUUUUAAUAUGAUAUAUUUAAAAAAAAAAAAAAAACAUUUUAGCUACUAAAGUUAUAUAAUUUUUUUCUCAUAAUAUUACAGGUUUAUCCUCAUAAAAUUGUGACAUUUUACUUAAGAAUAUGACUUUUUUUCCUGAUAAUAUUUUAACUUUAUUCUUGUAAAAAUUAUAGCUGUUUUUUUCUGGUAGUGUUUUUAAAUUUCCCAACGAUUCCAACUUUCUUUUUGAAAAUUUUCUUUCAAGUAAUAAUAUGACUUUAUAUGACAACAUAGGUAAAUUCAUAAUAAAACAAAAUGUAUAUAUAUAAAUAUUUUCAAAAGUGUCAAAAUAAUAUGACUUUAUUCCCAUAAUAAUUAUAACUUUUUACCCGAACCUAAUUUUUCAAAAAUGACAACUUUACUUAUUUAAAAAACCUCUACUAUUAAAAUGUUUUUUUUUUCUCAUAAUAUAAAUUAAUUCUCAUAAAAUUGCAGCUGUUUUUUUCAUUUUUGCCGUUUUUUCCCCCCAACUAUUUCAACUUUUUUGUAAAUUUUCUUCACGCAAUUUUGACUUUAUUCAAAUCAUAUUUUGACUGUAUUCUCAUAACAUCCUUUUCCUGCAACCUCAUUUUUUAAAAUUGUUUUGGUUGUGACUCAUAUUGUUACGGCUUUAAAACAUCGUUUUUCUUUAAUAUUUCAACUUUAUGCAAAAAUGACACUAUUUUCCCCCUCAUAAUAUUACAUAAUUCCUGUAAAAUUAUCAAAAAUAUUUGUGCAGUUUUUCCAAUUUUUUUUGCUGUUUUUUUUUCUUUCUUGUUAAAUUAUAUUUUUAGAAUGUGCCGCAGGCCGCACUUUGGACACCCCCGCCCCAGAUGAGCCAAAUCCAUAUGAAGCGAACAUAAGAGUUAGUGUCAACAUAUCAAAGGGAAACUUGUUUGCCUAAAACACGCAGAUAAUACGUGUGCUUCCAUGGAUGACUAAGGAACCCAAACAAUAUUCUCACAUGAGAGGCUGAAAAAGAGUCGUUCAAAAGACUCGAAUCGGAGCCGCACAAGUUGAAGGUGUUACGGACCCAAGUAUUUUUGUUUUUUGUUUACGUUUUUUUUGUAGGUUUUGAUUUAUAUAUUCAUUAAUAAACCGUGCUAUUUUGUGGUUGAAUACAGCCUAUUGUUAGUAAAAAAAAUAAAAAUAAAUUUUUAAAGCACAUGUAAACAAAACUUACGCAUUAUAACAUUGGGUGAGACACACAAGCACCAGAAUUGAUGGUCGAAACAACAGGCUUUUAUUGCAGGCACGAUAAUCUUAUUGUUGCAGUAAACCACACCAAGCUAAAACGCCGCUCUGAACUCCUGACGUCACUUCCUGUCCACCCCCCCCCCCCCCGAACCCCCACAGCACCGAAACACAUUUACAGCAACAAGUCUUAUUUAUGUCUUCUUUUCUCUUUUUAUGUCUUCUAUAUUGGGUCAUAGGAGUGUAAAUUUGACUAUAGGGCUGUUAUUUCAUGUCUAGAGGGCUCUAAUGUUAAAAAGCACAAAAGUUUUCUAUGCUCUAAUUACCAGAAUAUUCCAUUUAGUGAGUUGUUUUUUUUUUAAUUUCCCCAACACUGCUGCUAGUGCACUGCAAUGUAGGCACUUAUGCACUUAGAAGUAAGUGCGCCAGUCGUACCGCAGCCUAAGUGUAAGUUUAGGACCAAUCAGCAAUUAGUCGCCAAAACGGCGGCCCCCGUAAAGACGUUUGGCUCAAUGGCGGCCAUGUUUGUCAACCAAUCUUGCUGGUAUUUGACACACAUGUGCUUUGCUCGUGCCCUAAAGGUGCGUACCAACAUUUUUUCGAGUACAAAUAUUUUUGUACCGUUGUCUCUUUUGCGACUUUUGAGUGCCUGCGUUUGAAAUGUAGCCUCCGUAUUUAGCUGUAUCAUUUGCAUUGCAGUCGUUUUGCUAAGUGCUUGGUGCUCUUAACCCUUCAUGGCUCUUUUUAUGCGUGAAUGUACAAUAUGAGCAAUAUUACUCAUUUCUUAAAAAAAAACAAAAAAAAAAAAACAAACACUGACCUGUCCUGUCUAUGCAAAGCUAUGCUUCCCAGGGCUGGAGCAGCUGAACCAAAGGUUAUCAGUAGACUGAAUGUGUACUAUGCAGUGUAUUUUUUUUUACACUUUAGUGAGCAGUAUGCAAUGUACAUGCAACGUAAUCACACAUGUAAAUAUCAACCAAUAAAACAAUGUGACUGUUCUUUUCCCUUUGCUUAGUUGCACUUAUUUUAUGUUGACCUACUUAAGCAUUGUUUGUUUCUUCAAUUUCUUGUCAAUUUCAACUGAAAGUACCUUUGUUUUGAGACAAUAUAAUGACAACAAAAACAUUUAAUUGUUUGCUAGUACAAUGCGAUCGCUAUUGACGUGUUUUUUCUUACCUUAUAUUGGUUGUCUUUGGUGCGUCAGUGAAAAGCAACAAUAGCGACAUCUGGUGGAAGAGUGAAGUCAAAGCAAGCUCGGAUAUUAUGAGGUUAUUAUAUACGCAAAUUGGCGCCAAAAAAAAACAAUCGAAGCAAUGACAGCCAACCAAUCCGUUUCGAACCGUCAUGACGCACUAUGACGUAACGCUUCAACAUAGUCACGUGACAUCACGUGAUAUACAAGCGCCGAAGCUGUGUAAUUCAGAAGGUCUGACACAAAUAUCGAGGAGGCUUCAGGUUCCUUUUACCAUCUCUGUUCAUAAAAUACAUGUAUAAAUAUGUCUAGCUCAAAAUGAGCAUCUAAAUGUACGGCUAUUAUUUUUUCUGUAUAC